UUACUCUCUGUGUUAACCAUGAUAACUCUAUGCAGGCUCCGAUUUCUGUCAACAUCUUUCGGAUUUAAUCACGCACACAAAUGUAUAUCAGACGGACACCGUCUUAACAUUGUCGUACAGUCGUGUUUUGCUCCAGAAAGAGCGACCAGCUCUUACAGUAAAGACGUUAAUCACUGGAAUGCAGUUAAAGGAAGUUUGCAUCUGAAAUCAUUCAGCACUGUUACACUCAACAGACUCUGUUGGAACUGCGGAUCUUCAGCUGCAUUAUUUUUCUGUUCCUCCUGUAAUGCGAUCCAACCUGCUGAUGACAAGACUAAUUAUUUUGACAUUUUGAAUAGUGAGCAAACAUUUUCUUUGGACACCCAAAAACUUCAGAAAAGAUACUUGGAGCUGCAAAGAUCUCUUCAUCCUGACAACUUUGGCCAGAAAUCAUUGAAAGAGCAGGAAUAUUCAGAAGAACAAUCAGCACUGGUGAACAAAGCCUACAGAACCCUGCAGAAACCUCUGAGUCGGGCCGUCUACAUGCUGGAGCUGCAAGGGGUUUUGCUGGAGGAGGGAACGGACGCCACCGCGGACCCCGCGUUUCUCCUAGAGGUCAUGGAGAUUAACGAGAGCCUCGCAGAGACGCGGAGCCAGGACGAGGUCCAUGCCAUCGGGCAGUCGGUGCGAGAGAAACUGAAAGGCUUGAUUGAACAGAUGAAUUCAUCCCUAAACAAAGGGGAUCUGCUGACCGCCAAAGGGCUUUUAGCCCAAAUGAAGUACUUCACAAAUAUAGAGGAAAAGGUAAAAGACAGAAUUACUGAGGUUUGCUGAGGGAAAAUUGUAAACAAUAUGCAAUUGUAAUCCAUCUGACACAGCUCAGUGAGAGAUUUCACGCUUGUACUCUGAAGAUUUUAUAAAAAUAUUUAUUGUUAUUAGUACGAAUUGUUGGAUUAUUAUUGGUUACUGAAUAAAGUACAUUUAUUUUAA